AAUCUAAAUUAAGCAAUUCUGUACAUCUAAGGGGAGAUUCUACCGAAGAAGCAACAUGAUAUAUGCUUUACAGUGCAGUGCACUGAACACUGCAGGUGUGUCAAAAAAAUAAAAGUCCUUAAAACUCCGAAACAAACAAGGCGUCGUUUACCUGUAUUAUGUAUGUGUUCUCGGUUUUAUAAUCUGUUACAACACCGGCGAGCCGUGUUACAUACUAACACUGCACACCUCGCCCUCUGCCGGCUGUCAGCCGCCACUGCAGCCCUUCAAAUCCACUGUACUCUCCGCUCUCUCACUCUCCGGCUCGCAUUAGCUAGAAGAUGGCGGACUGCACCUCACUGUUGGAUGAAGAGCUCUCUUCCUUCGUCUUCAAUUACUUGACAGAAAACACCGGGAGCCAGUUCGGAGAGAAGGAAGCCUGCACUGACCGCCUGGACGCUGAUUUCCCUGAGAUUGACUUCUUCCGCCUGGACUCCAGCGAUUUCGAUUCUGCCAACUGCCUCAGCGAGCUGCAAUGGUGCCACGACCAAUCAGCAGCCUCCUCUGCCUCCAGCCAGUUCAGCGUGGGCGACUCAGAGGUCUUUGAGACAGAAGAGGAGAAUGCUGCGCUGCUGGCUGCCCUCACAGACAGUCUGGAUGGGACGGUAGUGGACGAGGUGGGGGGGCUGUCUGUGUUCCCCUCGCUUGGGGAGGUGGCUGAAGGGCAAGAGAAGGAGGAGGAGGAGGAGGAGGACCCCAACUUAGAAGAAAGUCACCCAUUCCCAGCCCCCCCCAGCCCAGAGACUGAAGACCUGUCUCUACUCAAGAAGCUCCUACUCUCCCCCGCCAACGUGCCUGUCAGUUAUGAAACGCACAAACAAGGCAGCAUCCAUCGUCAUAGCAACGGGAUCCACAAGUCUAAAUCCCAGCGGCCUUCAGUCAAGUGUCUGAGCGGCUUGGACAGAAAGCCCAGAGGAUUCCUCCCCCCCAGUCGCAAGUGCUCAGAGCUGCACCGGCACCUGACCUGCUCCCCUGAGACCGAGGACAGUGAGGAGGAGAGCGGCUCCGAGGAGGACUCCUCCAGUGAGGCCGAGGCCCCCGCUCCGCCCGCCCCCCCACAGUACUCCUCGCCAGAGGAGCUGCGCUCGGUGGUGGAUCUCAUCAGGUACAUGCACACCUACUGCCUUCCCGUCCGCAAGCACCCUGGCUCGGACAGGAGGGAGCGCGAGUGCCCAGGCUCCGUGCGGAGAGCCAGGCCGGACUGCCCCUUGCCGAGUGUCAAGGCAGCCCCUCAGACAGACAGCUGCGAGCGCACGCGGGGCAUGUUUGUGCGCAAGAGAGAGGUGAAGGGGCAUUCGCUACUCAGGGAGCUCUUAGAGUCAGCCUCCCGCUACGACGUGAGCAAGCCUUACAGGAUCCGCAGCCCUCCCUACAUCGCCUCCUGCUCUCCCAAAGGGACUCUGCCCUGGCCCCCUGUGAUGAAGCAACAGGACUGCAAGGUCAAACCGGAACCAGUGAAUGCUGUUCCGAGAGCCACGGAGAAGGAGACGACUCCAGAUUGUACCCAGGAGCCCACAGCGUCAGCACCAGGAAGGAAAGUAGAAGGGGCCUCCUUUUCUGUGAGGCGCUCCAGGAGACUGGCCUCAUGCCCCGGGCGCUUUGCCAAGAAGCCCAGGGGGGGAGGAGCAUGGAGGGUGAAGGCGGAGCCAAUGCCUGGCCUGGGGGAGGGAAAAGAGGUGGGGUCUACAAAGCCCCGCCCAGCAGAAAGACCCAGCCAAAGCACCUGCUGCAAGAAGGAAUUGGAAAAGUCAGCAGUGAUCAACUCAUCGGCAGCUCAAAAUGAGAAACGUGCCUGCCUGACCCUUCCUCUGGCUCCCAAGCCCCAAGGUGAUAACAAGCCCUUUGAACAGAGAGUGGAGCUGUGUGGAACAGCAGGGCUCACACCUCCCACCACACCUCCACACAAACCACUCGAGGAGGACCUCUUCAAGCCGGAGGUCAAAGGGGAGUCCCCCCCGAAAGGAUCCUGCCUGCCUGCGGGGGGAGGGGGGAGACCAGCCUCACGGAAGACGCUGGAACAGACAGAGCUGUACGCGCAACUGCGUAAAGAGGGCAAGGCGGGCGAAGAAGUGGCGAGCCAGGGGGGCAGGAGAACCGUCCAGCGCACCUUCGGGGACCACGACUACUGCCUGCAGAGCGUGCCAGGGGAGCGCCGCAAGAAGCCGUCGCCCCCUGUCUGCCAGGAGGAGGAAGAGCACGCGGUCAGCGCCAGGCUGAGGCGACACUUCGGCCCAGCACGCGACGAGUGGCUCUUCUCCAAGGUGCCGGAGUACCUGCGGUGGCCAGACAGCGAGGGGGAGGGCUCCCCGCGGUCCCGAUCCGGGUCACCCCUGGCCUUAGCCCCCCGUAACUCCGGGGAGUCCCCAGAGCGCUCGUCACGCCCCCCGACUCCAGGGCGACCUGCCUCCUGCACCCCGUGCUGUCGUUCCAGAUCUCCAAGCGGGCGUCAGAGCUUCAGCUGUGAGAAUUCGGAGACGUGUCACAAGGAGAAACAAAGAAAUAAAAGCAGUGAUGAUUGUCGCGUGUUGUGCAUUCACCACCUCCCGAACAGAGUCACCCAGCCAAUGCUUCGGCGACGCUUUGAGUCAUUCGGAGAGCUGGAGGACUGCAGAAUCGUCAUGAAGAACAACGAAAAGUGUGGCCUCAUUACCUACAAGCAGACUGGCUCCACCCCCCCGGACUGGACGAAUGAGCAGGCGCCUCGGAAGAGACGAGAGCCCGCCCCCCAGAUUACCAUUGGAGGUCUGCGGAGGUUCUGCAGGAAGCCCUACAUCGACCUGGACGAUGGUGGUCUGGGCCCAGUGAAGAGCAAGUAUGAUGCCGUGGACUUCGACACCCUGCUGAAAGAGGCGCAGAAGAGCCUGCAUCGCUGACAAGCCUUAACUCUACAGGGACAUGCCUCCGUACCUCAACCAGGGCAACUCCUUAUGUUUACCUUUUUAACAUUGGAAGAGGAAGAAGAAGAAGAAAAAUACCUUGUCUCUUUUAAAAAAAAGAAAAGUUUACAUUGAACAGAAAUUGCUUCCUGUGUGUGUGUGUGUGUUCACAACAUGAACACCCCCCCCACCCCACAAGAAAGGGGCAGGGCUGUGUAGCAAUAGUGUUUCCCCAAUUGGUCGUUGUGAUGUGCGUGUGCGUGUGUGUCUAUUUUAGUAUCCACUGGGGGGGAAGGGGUGUGAGAUUCGCAGCUGAAUUCUCCAAUUAGUCAUCUAGCAACUGCUUUAACAUAGCCUGAAUCGUUGGAUGUAAACUGUGUGCAUUCGUACAAAACAAACAAACAAACAAAACGGAAUGGUUUACACUCAUACAAAAUCAACUUGUUUUGUAAAUGUUAGUGCUUCCUCGGUGUCAUCUAUGCACUUUGAAUGAGGUGAUGAUCUUUCUGCCCCCCACCCGUCCUUCAGCGUCUGCUGGUUUCUGUGGAGGAAGCAGGAUUGAGGUAUGGGAGCAAGAGUGAAUUUAAUUGGCUAAUGCUGCCUGGAACUGCAGAGAACUUCCUGUGCACACUGUACUGCUCCACUGUAAGCGCCACCAUGCUGUGAAUGUUCCACACCCUGCUAGAGAGCUCUCCUGAGAGAGGAGGCCUGCUGUAUGAGAUCCCCGAAGGAAGGAAGCACGUUUCAGUGUCUUGCCUGUGUGGCGGUGCUUUGCCUCUUGGAUGUGACAGAAAUAAACUUCUUUCUAAAGAGCUGAGCAGAUUUUUGCAUUCAGAGGCUUUGACGGAGAAUCCAGCAUCCUCGUGCAGCUGAGUAAUCAGAGGGGGGUUCUUCUACCUCAUGUGACAUUUCUUUUCUCUCUCCCUUUCAAAGGCGGGGGGGACAAUCUGAGCCAUCCUCGAAAGCACUUGUGGCUCUAUAUAUCCCAUUGUUCCAUGUUUCUCGUUUUAGCCUUCUGUAAGGAGAGAUCUGUAUCUGCGUCUGGUCCCUGUCUGGUCCCUGUCUCGUCUCUGUGGUGUAAUUGUCGUGGGAAGCAAGCCCUAAGGCUUGCGAUUGAGACGUCUGGAUAACCAGUCUCUUUCUGUCUCUGUGUCUGGUUCUUGCCCCUGCCCUAGCCGGGGGUGGGGUGGGGUGGGGUAGGGGGUGGAUGUGGAUAGUAUUUUUUUUCCUAUCCACCUCCCCUCCUCUCCCCACUUCAGAUUUUCCUUCUCUUUCUACACAGUAAAAUGUUUACAUCACUUGAUUCUCCUUCUAAUUUAUUAGAACGCAAACUAAGUACAACAGAAAAAAACAGCCUUAUUCAGAAUUCAACCAAUGCUCUGAAAGGACCAGCCUGUCUGGGCUUUUCCUGGCAUUGAGCUGAGAUUCUCUUAGUGUUGUACAUACUGUACCUGCGUUAACCUUACUGAUCGCGUGCGGUCCUGAAUGAGUUUCUGUACUUAGUCUGUGUACUACUAAAUCAUGAGAGAAUGUGCUGGUUUACAUCAUUAAUCUUGUUAUAUCGGCUUCUCUAUGGUGUGUGUGUGUGUGUAUAUAUAUAUAUAUAUAUAUAUAUAUAUAUAUAUAUAUAUAGAGUACCAUGCCUAGACUUGAAGUGUGCUGUUAUGUGCUGUACUGCUCAAUGUGGAUGUGUCAGUAGAAAACGGACGAUAAUGGUGGAGGGUAGUAGUCCUGUUUUUUCUACAAUUAAAAAAAAAAAUAUAUAUAUAUAUAUAUAUGCAUAAGUUAAAAGAAGUUAAGUGUACGGGUUGUAAAGGAAGGGAAUCUCUUUUUUUAUUUAUUUUUAUUCACAAGCUCACGGGAAAACACUUGCAUACUAAUUAAGCCAACUUGGAAUUUACAAAAAAAUCAAAUGCAGUUCUGUAUUCCCCUACCUACUCAAGAUACCUACCAGUGGCGCUGCUGUGAAACGUUUUUGCCCGUCACUUGGCUUGCCUUACAGGUGAGCUCUGAAUAGAAGUUUACCUGUAAAAUAGCACCCCCUAGCUGUCAUUCAGUCACAGAAUCCACUCGGUCACUGCUACUCCAGAAUAGCUGGAUAAGAACAAUAUUCAGGUCAGUCUGGGGAUGAAUAGCCAGUGCAGGGCUUUGUUGCUAUUAGGGUUUGACAUCUCUUUACUGUGUGCAUAUUAUUCAUAGCCAACAAGGCUCUCUGUAAACUCACAGUCAAGUUCCUAGACUAUAUGAAUCACAGCUGUGAGCAAAUCCCGUUGGCUUUCAUAUCUACUGUACACUAAUGUGGUGGUCUGGGCACAUCUGAAACCCCAAUAACUCCACUUGUCUUUGAAUUGCAAGGUCUCCCUUUAAAAUACUGCACCCUUCCUAUUGAAAACAGCCAUAUGUAGAUAGCUAUAGUUCCCUAUAGUGUGGAUGAUGAGGUCAUUUCAAGCCGUGAUGCUGAGCAUUGCUUGAAGCACCUGCUGUACCUGCACAGGGCACGCUGCACACUGGACUGGACUCCUGCUUGAAGUGAGGAGGGGCAGCUGUUGCACGUGCUUGUGUUUAGUGUAGAUUUCCAACGCAACAAUGUCAGAUUGAACAAUUUAGUACCUGUGAUGGUUUAGCCACGUCCCAUAUGUGCAGGUUCUGCGGUUCUGAGGUGCAGCCCAUUCCUGUCCCAUUUGAACAGUAUCGCUAAGCACCCUUCAGCGUACCAGCGUGCAUUGCAGAGUGUACCGUUGUGUUGGGUCGACCGUAUCACAGAAAAGGUAUGGGAUUUUCAGCAGAAAUGUGUGAAAAACUAAAAGAUAGCGUUUUUAUUUUUAACUUUUUUUUUUUAUUUUUUACAUCUAAUCAUGACUGUCAAAUCGGGCACUUAAUUUUUCUUUUGUAAUUUUUUUGGUUUCGUUUUUUAGUAUUGUUUGGUAGUAAGAUUUUAUAUUUUUUACAUAUGUUUGCUUAAUUUUUUUCUUUUUUUUGUAUUAUUAUUAUUAUUAUUAUUAUUAUUAUUAUUAUUAUUAUUAUUAUUAUUAUUUAUGUGACUUUUAGCUUGAAUCUUAUUCCUUACCCAAUAAUCGUGUGAUUUAAUACGCGUUGAGAGUGUGAGAACAAAAUGCAUUUCAGUGUUUUUGAAUUGUUCAAAUCCUCUAGUUUCGUAGAUAAUUUUACCAAAAUAGCUGAAAUUAUGUGAUAUUAUAAAUUCUAUUUUAAUUCAUGUAAAUACUUUUGAAAGAAAAGCUUCCUUUUAAACUAAAGAAAAAUGUCUCUGGAGAGGUUGUUUACAUUAUUAAACUGUAGAGACGUCGCUCAUAUACGGUCAAAAAUAAAUAUAUCUGUUGAUUUGCCUCCAAAUAAUAAAGACUCUAAUGAAAACAAAA